AUGGCGCCACCUGAGACCAAAGCUGCUAAUCAGGGGAAUGGCAUCCAUGGGAGAGCUUCAGAAACGAGCAUUUUACAAUUGUGUCUUAAACAGUUGAGCAGAAUUAAGGAUGAUAAGAGGGGAGAAGACAUGGAGGAAAAAUGUAGUAGAGACAACAGUCCUCACGACCGCCUCAACAGCAACAGCAGCAGCAGCAGGAGGAGGAGCAGUAGUCCCCCACGACCGCCUCAACAGCAGCAGCAGCAGCAGCAGCAGGAGGAGGAGCACAGCAGGAGGAGCAGCAGUAGUCCCCCACGACCGCCUCAACAGCAGCAGCAGCAGCAGGAGCAGCAGUCCCCCACGACCGCCUCAACAGCAGCAGGAGGAGCAGCAGUAGUCCCCCACGACCGCCUCAACAGCAGCAGGAGGAGCAGCAGUAGUCCCCCACGACCGCCUCAACAGCAGCAGCAGCAGCAGGAGCAGCAGUCCCCCACGACCGCCUCAACAGCAGCAGCAGGAGCAGCACAGCAGCAGCAGCAGCAGCAGCAGCAGGAGCAGCAGUCCCCCACGACCGCCUCAACAGCAGCAGCAGCAGCAGCAGCAGCAGCAGUAGUCCCCCACGACCGCCUCAACAGCAGCAGCAGCAGCAGCAGGAGGAGCAGUAGUCCCCCACGACCGCCUCAACAACAGCAGCAGCAGCAGCAGCAGGAGGAGCAGUAG